AUGUUGAUGGAAGCGGGCUCGCAUGCCGGCUGCUGCUGCUGCAACUCCCCUGAUUCAGCUGCCGUUGCUGUGCUCAUGCAGUGUUCCCAUAUGCGAGCAAGGGGGCGACUGCCUGAGGAUCGUUGGAGGAUGAUGGGUGGUGCACACAUGAUGGAAUGGGAGGAGCAGCUGUGGAUACACACCUCCAUGGUCAUGGUGGGCACAUCCAACCACAGCGACGCAGUCAGCUCGGCUGCCACCGUCAUCACCAUCGCCAUCGACCGCACAGCCGCCAUCACACUCCGGCCGACACCAGCUCCAAUCUGGCGUGAGGCAGACAAUGCACAUGUCACUCGCUCUGAUGAAGAGGCACGCAGGGCAGGCUGGCUCGCUGCUGCUGGUGGCUGCUGUGAUGAUGGCCGUGCGUGUGCAUGUGCGCUGUGCGCCGUGUUUGGGGCUGCACCGGUGAAGACAAGGAAGGACACGGCCCGUGCCCACCGCUCUUCCCCCUUCAUCUCCUCAUUCUGCUCCAUCAGCGAUGAUGAUGGUGGCCGUGGCAUGUGCGCCAUCAAUCACGCCGACAGCGACACGAUGCACGAGGCAGACGCGUUGAUCGACGACGAGGCCAAGGAAGAGGAAGAGGGGAAGCAAGGACACAAGACGUGGGGCUCCCAAUAG